UACGUCCAGGGUCGCAACGCGCCCUUCAUACGGACACAAGGACAGAUGAAGAUAAUCGAUAAGAUCCAGCAAGCAAUGGAGGCCAAGGAGCCUUUCUAUUCGUUCGAGUUUUUCCCGCCCAAGACCUCUGCUGGCGUGGAGAAUCUGUCUGCCCGGAUGGAGAGGAUGGCUACGCUGGAGCCUCUCUUCGUCGACGUGACCUGGGGGGCUGGAGGCAGCACCAGCGACCUCACCCUGGCCAUCAGCGCGAACGCCCAGAAGUACCUCGGCGUGGAGGUCCUCAUGCACCUCACGUGCACCAACCUCAAGGUGGAGGAGAUCAAGGGGGCGCUCAAUAAGGCGCGCGAGGCGGGUAUCCAGAACAUCCUUGCCCUCCGAGGGGACCCCGCCAAGGGGCUGGGAAACUGGGAGGCUGCCGAGGGCGGCCUUCGGCACGCGAUAGAUCUCGUCAGGCUCAUACGGCAAGAGCACGGCGACUACUUCGGUGUGGCCGUAGCCGGACACCCGGAGGGGCACGUGGAUGGCAGAACAGGGGCAGAGGAAGGCGAGGAAGACGACGACCGGAGGGGGGAGGGGUGGGAAGCGUUGGAGUUGAAGCGCCUCAAGGAGAAGGUGGACGCCGGCGCUGAUUUCGUGAUCACGCAGUUUUUCUACGACACCGAGGCGUUCCUGAGCUACGUGGAGCGCUGCCGAGAGGUGGGCAUCACGUGCCCCAUCAUCCCGGGCAUCAUGGCCAUCCAGAACUACAACGCGUUCACCCGCAUGACCGACUUCUGCGAGACCCGCGUGCCCUCCGAGGUGCGGGAGGCGCUGAAGCCAAUCAUGAGCGACGACGACGCCGUGAAGGACUACGGGGUAGACCUCGGCAUCCGAAUGUGUAAGGCGCUGACGGAGGCGGGCGCUCCCGGCUUGCAUUUCUACACGCUUAACUUGGAGCGAUCGGUGCGGCUUAUCCUGGACGGGUUAGGGUAUACGGAGACGGCGGCGACGCGGCGCAUGUAUCCCUGGAGAGCGUCGGCGCUGUCGAAGCGGGCGGCGGAGGACGUCAGACCCAUUAACUGGGCGAACCGGCCGCGGAGCUACCUGGCACGCACGGAGGUCUGGGACGAGUACCCCAACGGGAGAUGGGGCGAUGGCAGGAGCCCUGCCUUCGGCGAGCUCAGCGACACUCACUUCUUCCGUCCCCUGGUGGGCACCCGGGAGGACCGCAAGGCCAUGUGGGGGGAAGCGCCGAUCGUCCCGGGGGAGAUCUUCGAGACCUUCGCCUCCUACAUCGAAGGAAAGAUCCCGAAGCUGCCGUGGUGCGAGGUUAGCCUGCAGCAGGAGUCUAGCACGAUCGGGAAAGAGCUGGCGGCCAUAAACCGCAGAGGGUUCCUCACCAUCAACAGCCAGCCGGCUGUAAACGGAGCGCCGAGCGACCACCCUGUGUUCGGGUGGGGCGGGGGAGGGGGUCGGGUCUACCAGAAGGCUUACGUGGAGUUCUUCACGUCGGAGGCGUUGUUGGAUGAGGUUUUGGAGGCGUGCGCGUCCCGGCCGGAGCUGAACUACUACGCGGUUGACGUCAAGGGGCGCACUCGAUCAAGGGGGGUCAAGGGCACCACGGCGCUGUCAUGGGGCGUGUUCCCCAACCGGGAGGUGCAGCAGCCGACUGUCUUUGACCCGGAAACGUACAUGGUGUGGAAGGGGGAGGCGUUCCGGCUGUGGGUGGACCUGUGGGCGUCCCUCUACGACGAAGAGUCCAAGAGCGCGGAGCUGCUGCACGACAUCCACGACUCGUACUACCUCGUGGCCGUGGUGGAUAACAACUUCAUCGACGGCAACCUCUGGGAGAUUUUCUCCCAAGGCACGUAACCUGGCGCUUCAGCGGAGACGGGAAGCUCUACCUCCAUCUAGCGUUUUUUUACUAAUUGAUGCAACUCCGUAAGCUCUUCCAAGCUGGGUUCGUGAUAAGCAGCUUCAACCUUAGGACAAUGACGAGAUAGGUUGUCUUGUUUGUUUUUUCAGUACGUGUCUGCAGCCUUGAUUUUUCGAUUUUGUGCGCCUGUGGGUAGGGUGACUGACCGUGGCCCCCGCUCGUAACCGGUGGUAUCAUCGCUUUCGUCAAUGGUCGAAAAAAGGCCCGAUUUACUUGAUGUCAGGGCGGUAGGGGAUGGUUCAUGCAAGAUAGCCGACGGGCGUAGCUGAUGAUGUUGCAUGCCCUAUGAUUUCGUCCCAAUACCUCGGGGUUGGACUCUGGCAUCUUCGUUGCGCGAAAGAGGGAAACAGCCAACAGGCCUCGUGCAUGCACCAAUGGGUUGGCGAGUCGAAUGUCACGUGCACGUCCCACUUCGGGUUCCGCUUACGACGGAACAAGUACAAGUAGUGUACUCUUCUCUUUCUAUUUCUAACUGCCGAAUGAAUCCCAAGGUACUGUAGCCUGGUCAGUCUUCCCGUUGGGAGUGCGCCCCUCGAAUGGUACCACUUGUUUUUUUUUCAGAGAAGAUUGCUGGUUUAGUUACUGGCAUGCCGCAUUUACGUUUGUCAUUUUUCUGAGGAACUGGCGCAGCCACAUAUGGGGUCGGGUCGCACUUACUUGCGGUAAAUACAAGUGUUUCACAUCCGAACGCGCAAUUUAAACUGCUGUCGAAGGUGUUUUCUGAUCAACAUUCUCAUGAGCACAACGUUUGACUGUCAGGUGAUGACCUUGCCCAAGGAAACCGCGGCUGCUGGA